AUGCACCGACUCGCAGACAUUUACUUCGCGGAAAUACAGCCAGUCUACACAUUUCUAGACCCUGAUGCGGUCCACACAGCCGUCUCCGCUUCAACCAACCAUCCGCCAGAGCACCCUUCAAAUUGCGUUCUCCUAGGAAUCGCAGCACUAGCCUGUCUUUUCAGCAAGGGGGAGUCAUCUGGCCUCCAGUCUGAAAUUAUCUACAAUGCUCGUGCUUCUCUGGAAUACUCGACAACACUUGCCGUGCCAACCAUAGACCACGUUGUGGGAUGGCUACUACGCGUCUUAUAUCUCCGCUUCACCAGCUCACCGAAUCCAACAUGGCUCGCCAGUUGCACGCUAAUGCAUGUGAUUGAGACGGUCAAGUUGCAUGUGGAGCCAGCCCCGAAUACCAACCCGAAUUCCGCUCACGGCUUGCAAGAAACAUAUAGCCCACAACUCAGAAGACAAAUAUACUACACUGCCCAAAUAUUCAACACAUGGAUCUCAUACGACUACGGAAAGGCCCGAAUAAUACCCCGCGAUGCUUCUUGCACAUUCCCAUCGGAAGCAUGGACAACAGAAAACCGCAUAUUCUGGAAACUUUCCGACUCCCUCGAUCCAAAUCUCCAACUCAACGCAACGGAACUGGAAAGCAUGCUCGAGCAAACCGUCCAACUGAAGCCAUCCCAUCCAGCCAUGAAACUUAAACGGUGCAAUAUAGCACUUUGCAUCUACCGCCGCCUCCGCGUUGCCGGUUACACAGUUUCAACUAAAGCCGUGGACAAAAUCCUACAACUCGGAGACGAUGGGAUUCAAGUUGCCACCACGAUGGCCGAGGCACAAUCACCUUGGUGGCAUAUCUUAAAUGUCCCAUUCCAACUCCUCUGCGUCUUACUGGCAACCGAUACUCGUGCCUCGCUUAGCCGUGUUGAGAAGGUUUUCCAGACGCUGAAAUUGCUGGCUGAUAGAUAUGGCCCAGAUGCUAUUCGGGAGACAUGGGCGAGUGCUUGCACAUUAUUACGACUUCAGAUUCGGCGGAAGCGAGAUGAUUUCGAGCUUCUGAAUCGCGUUGAAAAUGAUAUCCUGGCAUGUAAUUCCAGCGAGGACAUCAUGGCCUAG